AUCUGUGCACUUGGGCGUUGGGCUCCGCAUCUUAUUAGCAACAAGGGAAAUUUCUCCAUUUUCCACCCUGUCUAGAGCGACACAGCCACAAAUCUGGGAUUUUUUUAUUACUUCUCUUCACUUGGCAGUUUUUUCUGCGUUUUACCCAAUUUGUUGACUGAGACUGGACAUCGAUUACUCUAAGAGUGAACUUUCCAAAGGGGAGCAUCUGCGAAGAGCGUGCAAAUAAGAAAGAGGCUUGUGGUCUUUGUUCGUUUUUGGAUCGGUUGAGUUUCUUUGUUGGAGCGAAAGCAUGGGAGCGCAAUUCUCCAAGACCGCUGCAAAAGGCGAAACCGCGGCAGAAAAGCCAGGAGAGGCUGCUGCUUCACCUUCCAAGACUAAUGGACAGGAAAAUGGGCACGUGAAAGUGAAUGGGGAUGCGUCCCCUGCUGCUGCUGAGGCAGGCAAGGAGGAGGUGCAGGCCAAUGGCAGUGCCACCGCCGAGGAGGCCCCCAAGCAGGAAGAAGAGAAGUCUGAGGCUGCUGCACCUGCAGAGAAGGAAGCCGCUGAGGGCGAGAAGGAGAACGCAGAGGCUGUUGCUCCAGCCGCCGAGGGGGAGGCUGCAGCCAAGGCCGAGGACGGCGCCACGCCUUCCACCAGCAACGAGACGCCCAAGAAGAAGAAGAAGCGAUUCUCUUUCAAGAAGUCCUUCAAGCUCAGCGGCUUCUCCUUCAAGAAGACCAAGAAGGAGACCGGUGAGGGCGAGGGUGAGGAGGCCGCCGCAUCCACGGAGGAGGCUAAAGCAGAGGGAGCUGAGGCCACGGAGGCAGCCGCCACCGAGGAGGCCAAGCCCACCGGAGAGGAGGCCGCUCCCGCCGCCUCCGCAGAGGAGACCAAGGAGGCCGCUGCCGCCGCCAGCCCAGUGGAGGCCAAACCCGAGGAGACGGCAGAGAAGUCGGCCGAGGAGGCCAAGGCAGCCCCUCCCGCAGAGGAGCCGAAGGUGGAGGAGAAGCCAGCUGAGCCUGCGGCAGAGGCCAAGUCCCCAGAGCAGGAGGCCCCCAAAGCAGAGGAGCCUGCACCUGCGACACAGGAGCCCGCAGCCUCCAGUCCAGAGGCCCCCACCGCCGAGGCUCAAGAGUAGGGCCCCCAGCACCAAGCAGAAUGGAAGAAAUAACACCAGAAAAAGGAGAAAAAAAGAUAAUCAAAGAACAUUUUUCCCUGUUUGUAUGUUGGAGUGGUGCCAGUUCCUGGCUCUGGAGAACUUGUCUACAACCAGGGAUAUUUUAAAGCUUUUCUUUUUUUUUCUCUCCUCCCUCCCCCUUCUCCACAAAACCCAUCUCAGCCCAUUGUUACUACCAUUCCAACGGGCAGAGAGGUGGGUGGCUUAGAUGAGUCGUACAGAAGAAAUCACAUCCACACUCUGACAUAUAUUUUUUUUGCAUCAGUAUUAAAUGUUUUUGUUUGCCUUUUUUGUUUUUGCAUUUUUAUACAAAAUGUAUACUUGUCAAAAAUGUAUGGACAUGCCCAUGGUAUGAAGGAGAACUGGGGUCAAAGUUGAGAUGUACAUGAAGGGAGCCUGGGGGAGGGCAGUGGGGGGGGGUGGAGGGAGGGGGGCAGGAGGUGGAGGUGGCACCUUUGUGCCUGGGAGCGGUGCCACAAACAGACUGACAUUUUAAAGAGUAGUCUUAAAAAGGAAAAAAAAAAAAGACCAACUUUUACAUACCACAAGAGUACCAUGCGGUUUACAACACUAAAGUCAUAUUUACUGAGGGAUAAUGGUAACAAUAAAACAACAAAGAUUCAAUUCCCAGAUCUAGGUUUAGAAAGACAUUUUUAAAAGAAAAUCAUAGGAACUUUUCACUUCUCUCAUUAGCUGUACCAGUCAUUGAUUCAGUAGAACUACAAGUUGUAUAGGCAUUAUUGUUUAUUGCUGGUUUUAUGACCUUAAUAAAGUGUAAGUAUGUAUAGGCGGGGUGUUUUUAACUGUGAUUAUUGUACAAAUGAAAUCUUGAUCUCAAGCACAUGAAGUUUGCAGCUCUCUUUUCCACCCUGCUCAUUUUUGUAAGAUAACAAAAAACAACGAAGUCAUCCUGGAAGACCUUUUAAGCAAUUUUGAACUCAACCAAGCUGUGAUAAGUGGAAUGGUUACUGUUUAUAUACUGUGGUAUGUUUUGAUUACAGCAGACAAUGCUUUUUCAGUGGUCUUUGACAAAUUUAAGGAAUCUCUAUCAGAUGCAAUGUUGGUGUAGCAUCUUGUCUCUUUUUCUUUUCUUUUGUAAAUACUGGAGAAGCUUUGACCAAUUUGACUUAGAGAUGGAAUGUAACUUUGCUUACAAAAAUUGCUAUUAAACUCCUCUGCUUAAGGUGUUCUAAUUUUCUGUGAGCACACUAAAAGCAAAAAUAAAUGUGAAUAAAAUUUCA